UUUAAAUAUGCAAUAGGCAACACAUCAUUGUUUAAGAGGACAUUAUAGUCAGUGUUGGUGAUUUAUUGUUUUUAACAGAAAGCCAGUGGAACUUGAUUCUCUCAAAGCUAAGAAAUAGCAGGAAAUCCAAAUUGUCACAUGUACAUCAAAGCGUACAGUGAAAUACGCCAUUUGUGUCAAAUCAAAGCAGCAAGGAUUGUGAUGAGCAAUUAGCAAGCAUCGCCCUGCUUCUGGCACUAACAUAGCACUCCCACAACUAAGGAACCCAAAUUGUAGGUCUUUUUGGAACGUACGAGGGAACUGGCAUAUCCAGAGGACAGCCACACAGUAAUGGAGAGGACGUGCAAACUCCUUACCGAGAUCUGCUGGAAUUGAAUCCCAAUCUUACAGCCAGCGCUGUAAAGCGAUAUGCUAACCGCUACUCCCCUGAAGCACAAUAAAACAGGAUAUGUCAAAAUCCUCAGACCCAAGAAGGCGAAUAUAUCCCAGUUAAAGUGUACUGAAAAACAUGGAUCUCCAAUCACCUGAAGCAUCGGGAGAGGUAAGAUGUAGGACAGGAGAAGUCUUUUUGGUAUUUUAACCUUCGUGUAUUUAUCACUGAGAUCACAGGGCAUCUGAUCUUGGCCUUAGUUCCACCUCCCUGCAAGCUUCCCUUCUCUUUUGGCUCCCUGAUGAAAAUGUACCUUUGAUGCUGUUUUCCAGGGUGUUGGUGAGAUCCAGAAAGGGCACGUGAUUGACUUUUUCCCUUCACCUGGCACUGGUCCUGAAACUGGGAACUGAGACACAUUUACAUUUUUAAAAAAAGACAAUGAUGCAGCAAGUCAUGAUACCAACUGUGUGCCCCCUGGAAAAGAAGCUGUUGAUCUUGGAUGUUGACGUUGGGGUGGAUGAUGCCCAGGCGAUAAUGAUGGCUCUUGCAGCUCCGAACGUUGAAGUCCUGGGAAUAACCUGUACUCACGGAAACACCAGCAUCGAAAACGUGUGCAGGAACGUGCUGCGAGUGCUGAAGCUGUGUGACAAGAUGGAGAUUCCCGUCUACCGUGGGUCAGCCACCUCUCUCCUGGGUGUAGCCCAUUAUGAUGCAGCUUACCAUGGGCAGGAUGGUAUGGGUGAUGUUCCGGACCCCGACGCUCCAGGCGUGGAACACAUAAAGUCUGAACACGCGGUGAAUGCCAUGAUACGGAUAGCUAACGAACAUCCCGGUCAGGUCAGUCUUGUUGCUGUUGGACCCCUAACCAACGUUGCCCUGGCUGCCAAAAUGGAUCCCACUUUUCCUUCAAAGCUGAAGAGUUUGUACAUCAUGGGGGGUAACAUGGAAGCCAGAGGGAAUGUAAGAGUCUGUGGCGAGUUCAACUUUGUCACAGACCCAGAAGCAGCUGCCAUUGUCCUCAGCCACUUUACCUGUCCCACUCACAUUGCAACCUUGGAAUACAGCCUUCGCCAUCGCCUGCCCUGGGAAUUUUAUCAAAAGUGGGUGAAUCAAGAUACCGAAAAGGCUCGGUUUAUGAAGAAGAUAUCUGCGCAUACUGCCAAGUUUACCCAGGGUGACGAAGGCAACAAGGAACUGUUUUUUGGGGCUGGCUUCGUGUCCUGUGAUUCCUAUGCAAUGGCUGCUGCCAUUGAUGAUUCAGUGGUGACGGAAAGAGCUGAUUAUGGGGUGAGUGUGGAAAUGAGUGGAUCGCUGACCAGAGGCAUGAUGGUUGUAGAUACCCUCGACAUCCUGAAACUUGAAAAGAAGGCUGUUGUCUUCCUGGAAUGUGAUAUGGAGAAGUUUAAGCAGCUGCUGACCGACGCUCUGAAAUAAGGUGCAACACACUCCAAAUGGAAGAACAAAAUACCAGCAAAUGCCGGAGCUACAAGUUACAUUUGAUGCCAAUGCUAGCUUUAAUUCUUGAUUGAUUUGAUAGAUUCUUGACUGGUCAGGGCACAAAGGGAUACGGGGAAAAGGCAAGAGAUUCGGGAUGAGAGGAAAAUUGGAUCAGUCAUAAUGAAAUGGCAGAGCAGACUUGAUAGAAUGGCCUAACUCUGCUCCUAUAUCUUAUAGUGUGAAUGGAAAUUAUGAAUAAUUUUAAUGAGGUGAUGAUACCUUACAAGUGUGACUGAAAUUGGUGGGCAAUCUAUGCUUACAAUAACUAAUAACUAAAAUGUUUAUAAAGGCUUUAGUGACAAUGUGAACUACAGAUAAAAUAUUGAAUGGACCUGCUGUGGAAAUUUGAUCAUCUUCUCAAAAUGGGGAAUAAUUGUACAGAACUUUUCCAAGGGGGUUAAACAGAAGGUGUGGAGAAAAUGGAAUUGAGUUGACAUUCUUGUCCCAUAGGCUCCUCCAAAUGCUCUGCUAACUGAUGCUGAAACCUUCAUUUAGUGUUUUGUUAUCUCCGGUGUUGACCAUUCCAAUGCCACACACACAAAAUGCUGGUGGAAAGCAGCAGGCCAGGCAGCAUCUCUAGGGAGAAGUACAGUCGACGUUUCGGGCCCAGACCCUUCGUCAGGACUGUACUUCAACUGCACCUCUUCCUAUAGAUGCUGCCUGGCCUGCUGCAUUCCACCAGCAUUUUGUGAGUGUUGCUUGAAUUUCCAGCACCUGCAGAUUUCCUCGUGUUUGCAACUCCAGUGCCACACUGGCUUGCAUCCUGAUUCCUGCCACUAUUACGUUAAGCACCUCCCUGCCAAAUGUUAUCUCCCUACGGUUAGUGGUCUGUCAACUUCUCAGUUUCACUAUCUUUACCUAUGUGUACUCCCUCCCCUGCACCUCCAAAGUUUCAAUGUUCUCUCCCUCUGCCACCUCCACCAUCCCUGCAACCUGUCUCAGCACAGUGAAGGCCAAACGCUCUCGAAGUCCCUUCCUAGUCCUCUUCACUGAAACACUCUCCUUCCCUCCUUGCUGAAAUAUUAAUGGACAUUUUAUAUCAUAGUAAUAUCAUACAGUAAUAUAGUAAGGAGCCAGGUCCUUCAGCUCUGCACUAGGACUCCCUUCACGCUAGUCCAAUUUGCAUGUGGAUAUGGAGACGAUGUUUCCAUUAGCGGCAGAGUCUUCAACCAAAGGAUACAGCCUCAGAAUAGAGAGGCGUCCCUUUAGAACAGAGAUGAGGAGGAAUUUCUUUAGCCAGAGGGUGGUGAAUCUGUGGAAUUCAUCUAUUGGGUAGAGAUAUUUAAAGCAGAGCUUGAUAGGCCCUUGAUUAGUAAAGGUGUCUAAGAUUACACGGAAAAGGGAGGAGAAUGGGGGUGAAAAGACCAGGGAUCCUAACCUGGCAUCCAUGUACCCACUCUGAUAAUGGUGGGAACCCAUGGCAUAAAAAUGGUUGGGAAACCCUCCUCUAAAUCACUGUACCUAUCCAAAUGUCCUUUAAAUUGUACCUGCCUCUACCACAUCCUUAUUCCAUCCACAAAUCACCUUGUGUGAAGAAGUUGCCCUUUGAUUUCCUUUUAAAUCUUACCCUCUGAACAUUCACCUUAUUUAUCAUCCUUCAUGAUUUUAUAAACUAUGGAGUCUCCUCCAUUCCAAAGAAUAAAGUCCUAGCUUGUUCAACAGCUGUAACUCAGGGCCUCAAUUCUUGUAAAUUUUCUCUGCACUCUUUCCAGCUUGAUGACAUCUUUCCUAUAACAGGGUAACCAAAACUGUGCACAAAACUCCAGAUGCGGCCUCACCAAUGUCUUACUCAACUGCAAUAUAACCUCCCAACUCCUAUACUCAGUGUUUAACCAAUGAAGGUUACCUGCGUCAGCACCGUCUACAUGUUCUGCCACUUUCAGGGAACAAAGCACUUGUAGUCUUAGUAGUUAGUAGUAGGUAGGACUACUUAUAGUCAUAGGUCGCUCUGUUCUACAACACUCCGCAGAACCCCAAUGUUCACGGUGAAAAUUACACCAUGAUUUGUCUUCUCAAAAUGUUAUACAUUGCACUUAUUAAACUGAAGGCCAUUUACCAUUUCACACCCUACAAAUCCAGCUGAUCCAGUCGUUAUUACCAUAUUACAAGUAAUUUUUUUUAUCUUUUUUCACUGCGUAUGGUAUCAUCAUGUUUUAGUGCCACUUGCAAACAACUUGGUUUAACUUUGUACAUCUUAUGCUAUUUAAUUGGCUCCGGGUAUGUUUCCAUUUCAAAGUGAUGGUUUCUUUUUGAAAUGUCAUGCCAUUAAAUUUCCACAACAAAACCAAUAUUGCUGUGGGAAAUAACCUGCAUUUAUUCUGGCAUAGGAAAAACUAUAGCUUCAUAAAAAAUGGGCUUUGCUGUCACUGGAACUGCUGAAUUCAUAUUGUAUCUGGCACACAUGUACUUCGGCAAUCAAUAAAAAUUUAAGUAAUGUGGUAUUAAACUGCUUCAAAUAUUUUCAUCCAGCUGUGAGUGGCUUCAUUGAGUCUAAUUGGUUCAAAUGACUGCAAGAACAGAUGUUUGCCGGGUGCUAUUGGAGUAGAAAUUGAGUAGGAGGGGUGGGUAGGGUUCUAAGUCAAAGACAAAGUUUCUUGCCAUAUGUACAAGUAAAUGCUCGCUCAGGCGCGAUGAAAAACUUGCAGCAGCAUCACAGGAACAUGGCAUCUUAUAAGCAGCAAACACCAAAACAUAAAGUAUGCACAAUUUUAGAAGAAAGAACGUACUAGUGCAAAAUGGUCACCAUGUUGCUAAACUGCAGUGAUUAACAUUUGGCCAGUUUUGGAAGAACUGAGUGGUUUAAGUAGCUAUUCUUGAACCAGCUGGUGAGACACUUCAGGCUCUGUACCUCUUGCCCAAUGGUAAAUGUGAAAAGGUGGCAUAGCCUGGCUGGUGGACAUUGCCUUCUUGAGGAAGUGCCUUCUGUAGAUACUACCAAGUGAGAAGGGUUGUGCCCAAUGUAAUAGGCAGAGCCCAUUACUCUUUGCAGAUUCUCACAUUCCUGUGCAUUUGAAUCACCAUACCAGACCAAGAUGCAAACAGUCAGGAUACUUUUAAUAGUACACUUAUAGAGAGUUUGGUGACAAGCCAAAUCUCCUGAACUUUAUAUAUAUAUAAAAAAAGUGAAGAUGCUGGUGAACUUUCCUUAUGAUUGUAUCUAUGUGCUGAGCCCAUAACAGGGCAUCCAAUGUGUUUAUGACCAGGAAUUUAAAGCUAAUGACACUCUCCACUGCUGAUUUCCCCCAGUGCAGACUAGUGUAUGUUCACACUGUCUCUCCUUUGAAAGGUAAAUUAAAGAGAUAAUUGUUGUGUUGAUGUUGAGCAAGAAGUUGCAAUUGAGGCACCACUCAACCAAGGGCCUUAUCUUGCUCCAGAAAGCUGACUGACCACCACCUGCGAUUCAUCCAGCAGCAGUGUCAUCAGUGCAUUUGAGGAUGCAUUGGAGCUGUGUUUAGCCACAGUUGAUUGUCCAUAGAGAGCACAGCAGGGAGAUAGAUAUGCAGUCCUGAGCUGACAUGUAUUGAUGAUCAGCAAAGAGAUGUCGUUACCAAUCCUCACUGACCUGAGGUCUGCUGAUGAAGACACCGAGUUUUCAGUUGCAGAGGGAGGUAGAGAGAUCCAGGUCUUGAAGCUCCUUCCAAUUCAAAGUGUGGCUCUGUACUUAUUUUCCCACUAUGUGCUUCCUCAUCUAAUAUAAUCAGAUGCUAAAGUUCUAAUUUGCAUGAAAACAAAGUAGAGUCAUAGAGCACCUCAGCACAGAGGCCCUUCAGUCCAUCUAGUCCAUGCCAGCCUGGUCCUGUCUACCCAUUCGUAGAUCAUUACUCACCAUACUCCUCCCAACUAUGUUCCUAUCCAAACUUCUCUUUGAUAUUACACUUGAACUUGCAUCUACCACUUCCAUUGGCAGCUCAUUCCACACUCACACCACUCAGAGUGAAGAAGUUCUCCUUCUGAUUGCCCUUAAAUAUUUUACCUUUCAACCUUAACCUAUGAUCUCUAGAUCCAGAUCUAGUCUAGGAGGAAAAGCCUGCAAGCAUUCACCCUAUCUAUACCCCUCAAUUUUGUAUACCUCUAUAAGAUCUCCUGUCCUUCUCCUGCACUCCAGGGAAUAAGGUUCCAACCUAUUUACGUUUGCCCAAUAACUCGUGUAACCCCCUGGGUCGCCUCAGGCUCGCUCAGCUCGUU